AUGUGGCCUGCCUCCGAGGACCAGUGGGCAGGCGUGCUGAGCCGCCUGGCGCUGGAGCAGGAGCGCAUCCUGAACCCCCUGCUGGACCGUGUCCGGACCGCUGACCACCACCAGCUGCGCUCACUGACGGGUCUCAUCCGAAACUUGUCCCGGAACGCCAGGAACAAGGACGAGAUGUCUACAAAGGUGGUGAGCCACCUGAUCGAGAAGCUCCCUGGCAGUGUGGGUGAGAAGUGUCCCCCAGCCGAGGUGCUGGUCAACAUCAUAGCUGUGCUCAACAACCUGGUGGUGGCCAGCCCCAUCGCAGCCCGAGACCUGCUCUACUUCGAUGGGCUUCGAAAGCUCAUCUUCAUCAAGAAGAAGAGAGACAGCCCUGACAGCGAGAAGUCCUCCCGGGCAGCCUCCAGCCUCCUGGCCAACCUGUGGCAGUACAACAAGCUCCACCGGGACUUCCGGGCGAAAGGCUAUCGCAAGGAGGACUUCCUGGGCCCAUAGGCGAGGCCUCCUGGAGGAGCAGAAGGUGAUGUGGCCUGCCUCCGAGGACC